AUGGACUGGACUCAAUACUACCCCGCAUUCACCGUCCAAGAAGACCACCCCUUGGUAUCCAAACCCGUGGCAGCGACAUCCCUCGACACAGAUACUCAGGCCAUUUCAACGAACCAAACGAGUCGUAUGCGGAAGGAUGUCGAGGUUGUUGACAUUGGCUGUGGGUUUGGAGGGUUGCUUGUGGCCCUGGCACCCCUCUUGCCAGACACACUGGCUCUUGGCCUCGAGAUUCGGACCUCGGUCACAGAGUAUGUACAAGAGCGGAUCAGAGCGCUUCGCGCGCAGAACGAGGACACUGGACUCUACCAGAAUAUCAGCUGCCUCCGGGCCAACAGCAUGAAGUUCCUACCCAAUUUCUUCCAAAAGGCACAACUUUCCAAGAUCUUCAUUUGCUUUCCGGACCCUCACUUCAAAGCCCGGAAACACAAGGCCAGGAUCGUUUCGACCACGCUCAACUCAGAGUAUGCUUUUGCGUUGCGGCCUGGCGGCAUAGUGUACACCAUUACAGACGUCGAGCCCCUGCACCAGUGGAUGGUAGAGCACUUCGGCGCCCAUCCAUCUUUCGAGCGCAUACCCGAGGAAGAGCAGGAAGCGGACGAGUGCGUCAAGGUCAUGAGGUCCGAAACGGAGGAGGGAAAGAAAGUGGCGCGGAAUCAAGGCCAGAAGCAUGUUGCCCUCUUCCGCAGAAAGGAAGACCCGGCCUGGUAA